UUUAAUGGUGGCCCCCAUUGUCCUUUUCAGAUGAAAACUCUUGGCUUGGAAAUUCCUGUGUGUGUUGUCUUGUCUUUCUUCAUUUGGAAGGUCUGCCUAAACACUUUUUGUAGCCCUCAGAAUUUUGAUCUGUUUUUGACCACUUUUCCUUACACAGAUAUUGAUGCAUCUAUUGAAAAAUAUUAUGCGAUUGUGCUUGUAAUCGCUACCUGGUCCUUAUUCUUGCUCUUGAAAAGCCUGGAUUGAAAAGUAGAUUGCUUAUUCAGAAUUUGUUUUACUGAAGGAUUAGUGCUCAGAAUUGGAAAAGCAGAGGCAGGGAGAACAGUCACAGGAAGAAUAGUCAUAGUCCUUUUCCUCACUGGAUGGCUCAAUUCUAAUUUCUUCCUCCUCUGGGCAAGUUUGGACAAGACAAGUCAAAAGAAAAGCCAGUCACUUCCGGCACUUUGGCUACAGUAGCACUUCAGCUGUUACCAACACUGCCCUCACUAUUAGUAAUGGUGGGAAAAAUUUCAGGAAAGAAAUUAACAUCAAGAGAGCCUUGGAUUUCAUACCAUCUAUUUUUAUAAUGUAAUUUGGCCUCCUGGGAUGCCAUCAAGAGAAAAGGUGGAGGUAAUCCUUAUGAAGGUGGUAGAUUUGGGCUGAAUUCAUUUUUACCUGGUUGUCAACUCAAUAAUAUUUAGCCAGGAUGAAUACUUUCACCAGCAUACUUCAUCCAAUAAGUGGAAAUAGUGAACUUGCUGGUUCACAAGAAGAAAUACAAAAACUUUUAAUCGAUGAAAGAAUGCGGUGUGAAAAUCAUAAAACAAAUUAUCAAACUCUAAAGGCAGAGCAUACAAGGUUACAGGAUGAGUAUACGAAAUCACAAAAUGAGCUCAAACGGUUGUUAGUUGAAAAGCAAGGCAUCCAUGACAAAUUUCAAUGUCUUCUUGCUGAGCUCCGAGGGGAAUUAUUAGAUAAAACUAGGGAACUAGAAGAACUGAAGAUGCAGGUACUAACUCCUCAAAAGCUUGAGUUGUUAAAAGCACAAAUACAACGUGAAUUGGAAACCCCUAUGAGAGAGCGCUUUCGGAAACUAGAUGAAGAGGUAGAAAAAUACAGAACAGAAUAUAACAAACUUCGUUAUGAACAUACCUUCCUCAAAUCAGAAUUUGAACACCAGAAGGAAGAACAUGAACGUAUUUUAGAAGAGAAAAAAAUAAAGUAUGACUCUGAGAUAGCAAGACUGGAUAGAGAUAAAGAAGAACUGCAUAAUCAGCUGCUUAGUGUUGAUCCCACAAGAGACAAUAAGCGAGUGGAGGUACUCCUAAGAGAAAAGGCUCAACUACAUCAAAAAUUAAAAGGUUUAGAAGCUGAGGUAGCAGAACUAAGAGCAGAGAGAGAAAAUAGUGGUGUGCAAGCAGAUAAUGUCCAAAGAAUACAGGUACGGCAGCUGGCGGAGAUGCAGACUACAAUGAGAUCUCUGGAGGCAGAAAAGCAGUCAGCUAAGCUCCAGAUUGAUCGCAUUGAAAAAGAACUACAGAUGAGUAAUGAGCAGAAUACUCUCCUAACCAGCAAAUUACACAAAGCUGAACGAGAAAUCAGUGCCUUGGCCACUAAAGUAGAUGAACUUAAGCAUUCACACAAAUUAGAAGUAACUAAUGUCAGACUGGAGGCAGCAAGAGCCAAGAGUGAGGUAGAAAGAGAGAGAAACAAGAUUCAAAGUGAAAUGGAUGGAUUGCAUUCAGACAAUGAAAUUCUCAAGGCAGCAGUUGAACGCCACAAAGUGCUUUUAGUAGAAAAGGAUCGUGAGCUCAUUCGUAAAGUACAAGCUGCCAAAGAAGAAGGCUUUCAAAAACUUGCAGCAUUACAGGAAGAAAAGUUAGAACUUGAGAACAGAUUAGCUGAGUUAGAGAAAAUGAAAGUGGAACAAGAUGCUUGGAGGCAAUCUGAAAAGGAUGAGUAUGAAGAAAAAUUGCAUUUUAUGCAGCUGGCAGAAGAGUCUAUCAGAAGGGAGCUUCAGAAUGUUAGGUUAAAACUUCAACAGCAAACUAUACAGUCUGAGGAGUUAGAAAAAGAGAAAAGUGAAAAUGCUGAUCUUAAACAGCAAAUUCAUGAUGUGCAACUCCAAGUGGCUUCACUUUCUCAGUCUGAAAAUGACUUGCUCGACUCUAAUCAAAAGCUGAAGGAAAUGGUAGAGAGAUUAAAACAAGAAUGUCGAAAUGCAAGAAGUCAAGCAGAAAAAGCUCAGCUCGAAGCAGAGAAGACAUUAGAAGACCGACGUGUAGAGUGGUUGGAAGAAAAGCAUAAAUUUAUUCAGCGCAUCACAGAAAGAGAAGAGAAGUAUGACCAGGUGAAAGAGAAACUGCACCGGGCUGCUGUUGCUCAAAAAAAGAGAAAGGCCCUCAAUGACAAUAAACAAAAGAGGCUGCAGGAGAAAAUAGAACUCUUGGAAGCAAAGAGGGAAGAACUAGAAACUGAAAACCAAGUGUUAAAUAGACAGAAUGUUCCCUAUGAAGAAUACACUCGCCUUCAGAAAAGACUAAAGGAUUUACAGCGCAGACACAAUGAAUUCCGGAGUUUAAUUCUGGUUCCUAACAUACCAUCGCUCAAUCCAGUCAGUGGGAUGUCAUCUACCUUAGUUCCUGCACCUGAAAUAUCUUUUCCCCAUCUGCAGGAGGAACAGCAUCAAAGGGAGCUCUCCCUACUUCGCAAGCGGCUAGAAGAUCUAGAAACCACACAGAGAAAACAGCUGCAAGAGCUCGGGCCACGUGGAGAGCGAGUUAGGCUGGGAGUGGACAGUGACUCUGGUAGAAGCAGGAUGGUUGAAGAGGAUGAUAUACAAACUGAGGACUCCAAAUAAAGCCUGCAGGUUUUAAUUACCACUUGACUUCACUACGUUUUCCUUGAGUAGGGUUUUUGAGUGCUUUGCCAAAAACAUAUUUGUAUGUGCCUCACAUUGGAAGAGAGGAUGAAAUAUAAUCUGCAUGGUUUUGUAUUUUUGGUGGAACGCAAUAAGUUUACUCAAACGUAGAUAUACAAGUAACCUGGAAGACAAAUUUCUUAAAACAUAUGCAAUGAUCGAGUUGCACAAAAAAUGAUUCUUUAAAAAGAAUUGUCAAAUUUUGGGUUGCAUUUUAAGCCAUUUAGAAGAAAAAAAACUUGUUUGGAAAAAUCUCUUGGAAUAACUCUUUCUUCAGGGAUUUUUCCCUGCCCACCCACCCACCCACUCAGCUUUUCUGUUACUGUGAAAUUGUGCUGUGUUGCUAGCACGUUUUUUUCUUAAAAAAAACCCAACCACGAUACGGGAUCUGCAAAGAGAUGGAGGAGGAAAAUAGGUCACAUUUUGGACAAAAACAGGACCAUAACAAUGUACCUUUUGUAUUUUUUUAUAUAAAAAAUAAAGUUAUGGGAGAACAUGGCUAAGUAACAAUCAAGGUUUUUAUCAAAUGCUGCAUUAUAGAUGAAGUAUGAAUAUUUGCCUUUUAUAUUUUUAGAGAAGUCUCAAUUUAUAUUUAAUAUAUUGUCUUUGUUUACUUAAACCUGAUCACAUCUAUUUAUUCAAGGUUUAAUAUAUUUUUUUUUAAUUCUC